UAAUGAAAGAAAAAACACCCUUGCCGCACCAUGGUCACACAAAGUUUUUAUGAUGGAUAUUUAUUUUUUUAACGAAAGAGAGAAAUUUUCCUUUAUCUGGUCAGAUUAAGUUUAUUUCAAAAUAUUACAAUUUGCUGACUUUUGAAAUCACUUAGUUUCAUUUCCUCCCGUUCUACAAAGAUCUCUAAUCUUUGUAAACUUGCCUAGUGUGUGUACAUGGAGUUAUAAAUUGAACCAUAAUCUCUACCACAAAACUCUGACAAAUUUGUAACAAAUAUUAAGGAAUUUAUCGGAAGACCCACUUAAUCCCAGUUUGUCAAGCAAUACAUGUACUUUCCUUCAUAUCGCUAAAAAAAAAUAUUGUGGAAAAAAUACAAAAUUUCCUGCAUCUGUUCUUGUCAUUUUAAAACUGUAUUCAACCUUAAGGCCAUUUGUAUUAAACCAGCAACUUACCUUGUACUUUUUUAAAGAAACUUUUUAAAGGUACUUGUAUCACAAAAAAUUGUAUAUAAAUCCAUGUUUCUUGUCUGUAUAGUAAUAUAUGUAUUAAAUAUAUUAUUUAUUAAUAUUUUAGGUGCAACUGAUUCAAAACUAUAACUUGAAUGUUCUGUACACACAAUCAAAUAAUAUUUAUUCCGUUUUAAAUUAAUCAUAGAAGUUGAAUAUGGAGAAUGAUGAAUAGGUCAGUUUUGGAGCAAGUCUUGGUGCAAGACUUUAUAGACCUAUAUCAUGGUGCGGCCAUCUUGAUUUUCUUCCGUUAAAAUCAAUGUAACCAAACAGAGGCUGGAAGGAGAAAUAGUCUGGUUCCUUUUUCAGUGCAAUGAAUAUCAGCAUCCAUUACUGUACUUGGAUAAUGGGAACAUGACUAAAGAUGGUGGCAGUAUGAUAAAGGCCCAUUGUUAUUAGUGAUUCAGUGCUGCAUACGCAGCACAACAAUUUUGAAAGUUUCAAUAAUUUAAGUUUUCGUUCAAUGCUUUGGGUAUUGUUCGAUGGUUCGGUUAGGGGGAGUUGCGAUUAUCGAGUGAUAAAGAACAACACAUUCUUGCACUGAGCCUUCGUUGGAGAAAGCUGUCAUUUGGGAAUUUGAAUUCAUGCCCACAUUUUGGCUGUAUUGCGUGUAUCCACUUUCUAAUUGGUCUGUCUGGCACAGUUUGCAAUAUGCUUUUAUAAUAUCUGUUCGAUGCAACCUAGAUGGCGUACCAAGCACAGCGUUCUCCUGAUUGGUUGUUUCCAUGGGAACAGUAGACCUCUAUCAUUUAUCAUGCCAACAUGUAUGUCUUGUUCGCUGUCUACUAUCCCAAUCAUGAAUACUGAAUUAUAAUGCAUACAAAGCGCCAUGCUGUUUCCCUUCCAACCUUUUUCUCAUUUUCGGGAAAGCAAAAUGGCCGCCCCACUGUUCUAUAACAUGAGUCUAUUAAAUUCAAAGCAAUAUGUGAAUAAUUAUUACACAAAAAGUAGAGUAUUCACUCAAUUUAUUAUUUAUUAAGGUGAGGUUCACACUUUAAAAGUAAGUCGCGUACAUUUGAAAGUUUAUUUGAGUUUACUUGUCUCUAAUCAGAUUUAUCUUCAGAAUAUACCUUUUUAAGCAAAUAUUAUUAAUUGUACAUUUUUAUGUCUAGUCUACAGACCUCUUGUGUUUUGGGUGGUAUCCAAAUAUUGGUUCACAUAACUUGUCGGAUCUCGGCAACACUUAAUCUGGAGUGAAGCUUCCAUCAACUCAAAUAUAUGUUUUAAAUAUUUGAUUUAAGGAUCCCAUCCCUUUUGCUUGUAACUGUUGCCGCCAAAAAAACCCACAAUCAGCUUAAUGAGUACAUUUUCAGUCGCAUAAAUAAGAAAUCGUUGAAUAGUUUGGUUAUAAUUUCAAUUAGAGAUAUAUGGAUUAAUAUAUGGAUGGGUAUAUUUUGUAUAUUUCUAACUCCUAUUUUCUAGAAUUAUUCUUACAUUUUAAGUGCAAUGUGUCUAGCUUUAAGCGAACCUAAAUUAAGUUGCUCCUAGUGUUUCAGAACCAGUUAUGGUGCUUUCUGGUUUUACCCUCCUUGAUAAAUUUGUGUUUAAAACCAAAUCUUUUGAUUUUCUUGUGAAUUAAGAUUUAUUCCACCUUACAAUGGUGUCACAUAUCACUAUCUCCAUAUGACUUGUCAUCUUAGGAGUCAAGCUGCAUGUAAAGUCGUGGACCCAAUGUCAUUACAAAGCCUGAAAGCAUACAACUUUGCUAAGCACAAACAAACCAUGCUUUAUUAGCUGAAUUGGGUUACCAGCCAACAUUUUGUAGAGUUGACAAUAUUGUCACCGGUUCCCAACAAUUGCUUUGCUUAGCAGUAUUUUCUGCGUAAACACUUUAUGACACUGGGCCAUGGUCAAAGGUAAAUCUUUGAAAGAAAAAACGAGAUAGUACAAUAAGGUAAGGUUGUAGUUUUUAAAGAAUAUUUAAAAUAUAUGCGAAACCUUUAAAAAAACUUAUUUUAGUUCAUCGUCUAUGUAUACUUUAUACUUCACUAUUAUAUGUGUUUAAAUAUUAAUUUUGUGCUUAAAACGAUUAAUAUAUUUAGGGAAUAGAUAUUUAACAAGAAAUUGCCAAUGAAUAUUACAAAACAAAUUAUCAAAAGGGAAUCAUCUUUUUACUCUUCUUUUUUUUUUACUUUCACAAAUCUAAUUUCCUCAUUUGAGGUCAAAUGCUAUUAAGUUCACUGUUCAUAAGUGUCUGUGCGGUUAUGUGCAAUUGUUUAAAAACAAAAAAAAAAUUUCCCUUGUAAUAUUUCAAGAAUUAAAAAAAAUUUGAAAGUAUCUUGACAUGUCUCUACUGAUUGAAUAUUUCAAUAAAUUGACCCUUUCUUAGGUAAUGAUAUUUGUUCUGGUUUCAAAGUUUAGUUUCACUUGUACUAAAUACAAUUCAAUUAAAUGCAAGAUCUGAUCAUAUUAUUAUUUAAGUUGAAAUUUGUAACAAUUUUUUCUCUCCUAAGGCAUCGUCAAAUCUAAUCGCAUCAACAUAUCAUGUAAAUCAUUUUUAAUUUUAAAACAAUUAAUGUGUACUUUCUGGUAGAAAUGACAAUUCCAAAUAUUGAUGACAUAAUACUGUAAAUAUAAUUUAUGUAUUUGUACGAAAGUAGAAUUAGACUGUAGUGUUAAGAGUUAAUAUUGACAUGUCAUAAAGAAUGAUUUAGUUUGGCCGUAAUUGAUUGAUUAAUUUAUUAAAUAUAUUAAUCGUAAACAUUGCUUCUUGGUGAUGUGUAUUUGUUUGGUUUCACUGUGUAUUGAAAUUUUAAAUGUGCACUUCGCUGCACAAAAAGAAUGUUAUUAAAUUUUAUUUAAAAAAAACCCAAAAAUGUUUGCUGCCCUCAACUGUAAGGUUUUCUUUCAAUCAAUCAAUCACUCAAAACCAAUAAAUCAAUCAAUCACUCAAUCAAUCAAUCAUAAUCAGAAAUAAAGCAAAGGUAUCCAUUAAAAAAGAAUGUUUAAAGCCACUUUAACAAAAAAUUACAUUGCAAAUGUUACAAUUGAUUACAAAUGAUUUUUCAACUACGUAUUAUAAGGGUUGCUAAUAAAGUUUCUAAUACAGAAAAGAACAAUUAGAAAGAUCGUAAAACCUGCCACAAAGUAAGCUUUGUCUUAGAAAUCAAAAUAAGAUACAGCUAUUUUAGUUGUAUCGGCAGAUAUCUCGUAUACAACACAACAUAAAGCCGGUUAUUAAAGUGUCCUAAUUUGCAUAACAAAAGGGUUAUUAUCUCGGCAUUUUUGUAUAUUUUACAAGAAACUGAGUAUAACAUCGUACACAAUAAAUACAGUGACGUUUUAAAGAUUUUAUUCAACCAGAAAAGUAAAUAGAUUUUUUAAGUUUAUGUUUGACGAUUUUGAAAUUGUCAAAUCUUGAACGAGGCUGAGCGGCAUGCUCGAAACGAAACUUUCACAUAAAAUGGAGAAAGUCGUCUGCGUAAACUUGGCUUCCACAGUUGGACGGGAAAACAUGUUGGGUUCUCUCAUGUGAGAGAAGAAUUAAUGUUGGGUAGCAACUCCCGAAAAACGACUGGUGGAACGGCAAUUCAAAGACCGAAGAAGAGGCGAACUUUGUGUGUGCAACAACAUUGAAAGUAUAAGUAUUUGAAAGUAAGUUGUUACAAAGUGGAGGACCAACAAAAAAGGAUUAAAGAUUCAAAGACAUUUGCUCAGCGAAGUUUACCACCAGGAUUCCAUUGAGCAUUGGCAAUCAAAAUGGUUGCCAUGGGUACAGGUGAAGCGCAGAAGAAGCCAAGCCCCUAUCUCACAGCAAAUCCUCUUUCCAAACUGUUUUUCACCUGGAUUGGGGCUCUUUUUAGUCUUGCUAACAAAGAGAAGAAACUUUCCCCAAAAGAUUUGGAUGAUGUAGUACCAUCAGACGAAUCCUGCCAUUUGGGAGACAAACUGGAAAGAGAGUGGAGUAAAGAAUUAGAGAAAGUCAAAUUGGGAAAGAAGGCUAGUCUCACUGCAGCUUUGACGAGAGUAUUUGGGCCAACUUACGCACUCUUUGGCAUUUGUGCUUUUACGGAGGAAGCUCUACGCAUCGUUCAACCCUUCAUCUUGGGCCGUCUCAUAGACUACUUCUCCCCCACACUCAAUGUUCCGACAUGGCAGGCCUACACAUAUGCAGGCGCAAUUACAUUGUCUUCUAUCCUUCUUGCUUUUGUGCAUAGCCCUUACUUCUUCCAGAUUCAGUGCAUAGGCAUGAGGGUUCGUGUAUCCUUGUGUACGCUAGUUUACCACAAGAUGUUGUGUCUUGAUAACAUCUCGAUGCGUAAGUCUUCAAGCGGGAAAGUGAAUAACCUUAUGACGAAUGAUGUCAGCAGAUUUGAGCAGGUCUUUAUCUUUUUACAUUAUCUGUGGUUGGGUCCACUACAAGCGUCUGCAGUCUUUGUGCUUCUGUGGUUUGAGAUUGGUUGGGCUUGCGUCCCAGGAUACAUUGUUCUGUUCCUCCUUAUGCCACUCCAAGCCGUCUUGAGCAAGCUCUUUGGUAGUCUCAGGAGAAAGACUGCAUCCUUUACAGAUAAACGAGUCGGUACUAUGACUGAGAUCAUCAAUGCUAUAAGAGUCAUUAAGAUGUACGCAUGGGAACAUCCCUUCGGAGAUGUCAUCCAGAAAAUAAGAAAGUCUGAGGUGCGCAAAAUAAUUCAAGCUUCGUACCCCCUCGGAGUUAACCUAAUGCUGUCCGUCUAUGGAAAUCGCCUGAUCGAUGUUUGUAUGAUCGUCACCUAUGCAUUCAUCGCAACUGAGAUCCGAGUCUCAACAAUAUUUGUAGUGGUGACUUACUGUCUGACCCUCAGGUCCUCCUUCAUGAGGUUCUUUCCACGAGGAAUUCAACUACGCUCAGAGUGUCUGGUGUCAAUCAAAAGAAUACAGGAGUUCUUGUUACUAGAUGAGAUAUCUGCACCUUCAGUUCAGCCUUCAGACGAUGGUCUUGUUGUCAACCCAGGUAUCCAUGUCAAAGGAAUGAGUGGCUCUUGGGAUAAUAAUCUGACUAACCCAGCUCUUACAAAUGUAACCUUUGAUGUUGGACAAGAUGAACUGCUCGCUGUGAUUGGUCCCGUGGGGUCAGGCAAGUCAACGCUCCUUAUGGCUCUUCUGAAGGAGCUACCCACAAUCUCUGGAGAUAUUAACAUUAAUGGACGGAUUUCUUAUGCCAGCCAAGAACCCUGGGUGUUCAGUGGUACUAUACGCCAAAACAUCACAUUCGGCAAAGAGUUUAACCAAAGAAAAUUUGAUAAAAUUCUCAACGUGUGUUCCUUGGACAAGGAUAUAAAAAGCUUUUCAAAUGGUGACCUGACCAUAGUUGGUGAACGAGGAGUGACCUUAAGCGGAGGUCAAAAGGCAAGGGUCAAUUUGGCUCGAUCUUUAUACGAUGAUGCAGAUAUCUACAUUUUGGACGAUCCAUUGAGCGCUGUUGAUAGCGAAGUGGGGAGACAUAUCUUUGAUGAGUGCAUCAUGCAGUACCUUGCAGAUAAACCUCGUAUUCUAAUCACCCAUCAGCUACAGUUCUUGAAUACUGCCAACAAAAUCCUUGUUCUGAAAGAGGGUAACAUGGAAGCCGUAGGUCCUCUGAAUGAGCUGCAUGAGAAGAACAUUGACUUUGCCUCAUUGAUGAAAGUGGAAGAGGAGGAAGAGGAUGAAGAACUUGAAGAAGGAGCAGUUGCUGAACAUCCUGGUCUGAGGAAACGAUCCAGCACAAGGAAGAGUCUUAAGACACAGAGAAGCUUCAUCAAAGAGAACAAGUCAGGUCCACCAAAAGCCUUCAAGGAUGAGAAGAGUAAGAAAGGAGAUGUCUCACUACGAGUUUACUUCAAGUACUUCAAGUCAGGAGCUAACUGUUGCUUAUUGCUCCUCCUCUUGCUAUUUUUAAUCGGAACACAGGUAGCGUACAUCUUUACCGACCUUUGGCUUGCUUAUUGGACUGAAGAAGAAGAGAAGAAACAAUUCAUGAAUUUAACCGAUAUGCCAAUACAGGAAUUAACAGACCAUGACGAAGAUGACUUCAGAAGUAGUUUAUUAAAUUUCAGUCUUACCUUCACAACAAUCGAGAGUGCAUACAUCUAUGGAGGACUUGUAAUCAUCCUCUUCCUAAUGGCCAUUUGUCGCUCAAUUCUAUCCUUCAAAAUUAUGAUCAAAUCAUCGCGUAAUCUCCAUGAUCGGAUGUUCAGGACUAUCAUCAAGUCGCCCACGAUUUUCUUUGAUACCAACCCGGCAGGUCGCAUCUUGAAUCGAUUCACCAAAGAUAUCGGUACAAUGGAUGACCAACUCCCUCAAACAUUCUUUGACUUCCUACAGAUCUCACUUCAUAUUCUGGGCACUGUCAUCUUAACUAUCAUUGUGAAUGUGUACGUCUUCAUCCUUGUUGCACCUCUAAGUGUUAUCUUCGUCUUUCUGAGGAGGUACGCCUUGUCAGCGACGAGGGCAAUCAAACGUCUUGAUGGAAUCACUCGAAGUCCAAUCUUCUCCCACAACACCACUUCCUUCCAGGGUCUCGUAACAAUCCGAGCCUACAACAAACAGAAACAAUUCAUUGAAGAUUUCAACCGACGCCAAGACCAGCAUUCAGCGGCAUGGUUUGCGUUCCUUGCAGCUAAUCGAUGGUUUGGUCUACGGCUUGAUCUCAUCAUGGUCGUGUUUACAGCUGGAGUUACAUUUGUGUCCGUUCCCCUCGUAAAUACUACAGACCCAGGUCUGAUUGCUUUGAUUCUCAGCAACGCCCUGUCUCUUACAACUAUCUUCCAGUUCGUCGUCAGACAAAGUGCAUUAGUAGAGAACCAGAUGACAUCUGUGGAAAGGGUGAUUGAGUACACAAAACUUGAAUCUGAAGCUCCGCUAACAAACCCAAAGAAAAAGCCGCCACCAACAUGGCCUCAGUUUGGUGCACUCACCUUCAACAGUUUGUCAUUGAAUUACUCAACUGAGAGCCCAAGAGUUUUGAAGAAUUUAUCCUGCAACAUCAUGCCGAAGGAGAAGGUUGGUAUCGUUGGGCGGACAGGUGCAGGUAAAAGCUCGUUAAUCACAGCCCUCUUCAGACUUACUGAACCUAGCGGCAUCAUAAUGCUGGAUGGAAUAACGACAACGGAACUGGGUCUCCAUGACCUCAGGACGAAACUGUCAAUCAUUCCUCAGGAUCCUGUUCUCUUCACGGGAAAUCUUCGUUAUAAUCUUGACCCUUUCAGUCGUCACUCGGACGUGGAACUGUGGAAUUCCUUAGACGAUGUCCAGUUGCGAUCUGUUGUGCAGGAUUCACCAGAUAAACUCAACAUGGAGGUUGGGGAGUCAGGAUCCAACUUCAGCGUUGGUCAACGACAGCUCAUCUGUCUUGCAAGGGCUAUACUAAGACAAAACCGUGUUCUUAUCAUGGAUGAGGCUACAGCUAAUGUAGACCCAAGGACUGAUGCUUUGAUUCAGAAGACGAUUCGUACUAAAUUCCAGGACUGCACAGUGUUAACAAUAGCGCAUCGACUCAACACAAUCAUGGACAGCGACCGCAUCAUGGUUCUGGAUUCUGGAGAGUUGCUUGAAUUUGAUCAACCCCAUGCCUUACUGCAGAGACCUGAGGGCAUGCUGAGUAAGCUAGUUGAGCAAACAGGAAAGACUGAAGCAGCACAACUGAUUGAGAUUGCCAAGAAACACUUCAAGCAGAGACGAAUAUCUGGUGCCGAUGGUCAUGUGACAUUCGCUAGCCCAGAGGAGUUAACUGUGGAUGGAUAUCAGCAACAGAUUCAGCAGUGGGGUCUGACAGGAGCAGCAGGUGCAUCAGCCAUAUCUACCGAAUCCAAAGGAAUACAGACUGAUUCCUGUGAGCAUCAUGUGGUUCUUCUUCCAAUCACGGCCGAAGGUUUUGGCUUCUCAGUUGCAGGAAGUACAGACAAGCCUAACAUGCCUAUUAUUGUUGCUCAGGUUGUACCGGACUCCCCAGCCAGCUUUCCUUAUGCUCUUCAGGUUAAUGAUGAAAUUUUGGCAGUUAACGGUGAGGAUCGAGCCAAGCUGACCUAUGCAGAAGUCUGCCAGAUGAUAAAAGACAGUAAGGACAGAGUCCAGCUACUGGUCAGACGACGUAAAAGUGCCGCACCCUCCCAGAAAGAGGAGAAGGGAGACGGUGAAAGUAAUGGAUUGGACAACAACGGAUUUGAAGGAAGUCCCCCUUCUCAAAGGAAACACAGCCCCACCCAAGAUAAGAUGGAACAACCCAAUGACUCAGCUUCCAGUGGUAGAUCCUCUAUGGCAUUUGUCAAUGAGGGAUUUGAGGGGACAUCACUUUCAGCAGUAGGGGAGUCAACAGACAAUAUCAGUCCCUCUGAUAUUCAAGUAAGACCCACGUCAGUUGACUCUUCAAGUGUUGAUUUUGAUACAAAGCUGUGAAGACUUUUGUUCAGUUUUUUUAAUUCAUGUUUGUUGCAAUAAUAAGGACUUCAACUCAUGGCACUUAUUUACUAAAUGAAAUCAGGGGUCAAUUUCACAAAGAACUUAGGACUAGUUCUAACUUAGGACUAGUCUUAGUAGAUAUUAAAAACCUAAAGGCUAGUCUUACCUUGGGAUGAGUAACUCGUCCUAACUUGAGAUUUGACUAGUCUUAACUCUUUGUGAAAUCACCCCAGGUCUGGAAUUACACAGAUUCCCAUAGACAUUGUGAAAGUUAAAAUGGACUUAAAUUUGAGUUCAGACUUGUUGAGUUCCUGUGUACUGAAACAAGGUGGUACUUUCUCCAGAUUUAAAGAAAUACCGCUCUCUUUUUUAAAGGAACUUCCCAGAAGCUCCUUGAAAUCUAUAACUCCAAGGGUUACAAAAAUGUGGAAAAUUUAAACUCUAACUUCUAGACAUUUUUCGUCAGAAGUGAAUCUCACACCCAUCUUUGAAGUAUAUAUAAUUCCAGGCCUGCAAAGUCAAAGCGAUUCUGUACAAGAAAUUACUUUAAGCAUUAGCCCAUAAAACAUGCUUUUAAAGGGAAGGUACACGUUUGGUCAUUACUCAAAACAAAUAUUAACUUAAAAACUGACUUGGUAACGAGCA